AUGGCGACGGAUGCCGGCGUUACAGUCUGUUUUGGUACUGACCUCCUUGGACCUCUUCACUUCGCCCAGAGCCAAGAGUUUUCGGUCAGAAGCCAAGUCCAGACCCCACUCCAGAUCUUGCAAAGUGCCACGGUCAAUGCAGCCAAGCUCCUAAUGCAGGAGGGCAAGUUGGGCCAGGUGAAGGAAGGUUCCUUGGCUGAUCUUUUGAUCCCUGACAGCAACCCGCUGAAGGACAUCGCUGUGCUUGAUCAGCCCGAGCAACACCUGUUGGCUGUCAUCAAAGAUGGGAGAAUGGUGAUAUCAGGGAAUGCUCUUGGGGUCCCGAUUUCACAAAAACUCUAG